UGUCAAUCUUGGUAAGUUUAUGCAGAUCUUCAUAAUAGGCCAGCUAACUAACUAUCUAGCUAAGGAACAGCACAACGUUAAUCACUACAUUAACAAAAUCGAUGUGUGUUAGUUUCGCUUACUGAGUACACUGUUGUUUUAAGACGAAAUGCUGAUCUAAAGGAUAAUGUACCCUAGCGCUAUUCAAAUACUGCAGAAACCUUGAGAUGAAGAUAACCCCUGGGUUGACAGAGAGCCCCCACUGGAGCGUAUGCUGUUGUUGAGCGCCUGUGGGAGCUGCUAGCAUGCCGUGCUGGCCUCCGCUCAGUAGGGGGCUCUGUAGCUGCUGAGAAACGAGCCAGAGAGAGGAGCCUGCGGAGGGGGCCCACGGGGCAGGGGAGGGGCCAGGCAUGGAAGACUUCACCACGCGAACCUACGGCACCAGCGGCAUGGACAACAGACCUCUGUUCGGAGAGACCUCCGCCAGGGACAGAAUCAUCAAUUUGGUUGUCGGCCUGCUGACGACACUACUUGUGCUGAUCACCGUUAUCAGCUCCUUUGUGGUCCCCCUGCCUCCCAAACCGCUAAACAUCUUCUUGGCAGUAUGUGUCCUGCUUCUGUGUGGGGCUGCCAUGGUGCUGAUCUUCUGGUACCGGCAGGGGGACCUGGAGCCCAAGUUCCGUAAGCUGAUCUACUACAUGCUGAGCUCCAUCGCCCUGCUGUGCAUCUGUGCCAACCUCUACUUCCACGACGUGGGCCGAGUCAAGCCCGCCUCUGCCUUAUGAACCUCGCCCCACGGAGUGCCCCACUGCACUCGGAUUGUUCCCGAACCCCCCCGCCACGGAAUCCCCUCCCCAAACAGGGAUUCUAGAAUGGGAUCUAGAGUUGGGGCCAACACAAAAAGGGCUCCAUGUGGGGUUUAGGAGGCCAGUUAGCCUUUUGGCAUUCAUUCUGAAAAGGACUUUUUUUUUUUAUACAUAUAAGAACACACUGUAUGUUAGCUAAUUAUGCAAAUGAAUGACAAACUGUAGCACUAUGGGACUGAUGCAGCUGCUUGUAGACAAAUGCCAGGUCCAACUGACAGCCACAAUACUCAGUUUAAAAGCCAUGUCCAUUAUGUCAGCAAACCUUUUUAUACAUUACAAAAAUGAACAUGUAUGCAAAUGUAAAUUCCAGACUGAGAUUAGUUUGCCAAUUCUCUUUUUUUUUUAUGAAGCUAAAUACAUUCCCCGAAUCAAAGCACUUGUGGGGAGGUGUAACACAGCCUCACACAGAAUGCCACUGAUUGUUUGACCACAACCACAUCACAAGUCUGACUAGAAGAGGCUUGGUGAUGAUUGUCUUGUCAGGCAUUGAAAAUGUCAUUUUCAUUUUUCAGCAAUAAAUGGAAAAGUGAAAACCUA